AUGGGACUUGCCACAUGGCCUGUUUGCCCCCUCCAGAAAGUGGUGCUGGUCUCAGUGCUGGUAUUGUGGUACUAUGAGAUAAAGCUGAUGCGGCUUCUUCACCUUGCCCUCUCGACUUCAUCAUCCCAUUGUGUUGCAUGCAUGUGCCACCCCACCCCCGCUCUGGCACAGUUCUCCAUGGAGGCAUGUCUUCCAAUCAAAUUGCUAUUUCUGGCUGAAUUCUGCACUGGUUGGCAGGGUUGUCAGGCAUUUAUUACGCAUAGCCAUUUGGUAGGCCAGAGAACAUUCUGGGUGCUCUUGCUUAAAUGUGCUUUUGGUGCAAGCCCAUACAUUGCUGGCUGCAAUAUUGGGCCACUGGAGUAUCAACCAAGAAGGAACGGCAAAGUCUUUGUCCGAUUCUUUCCUGGGAUUGCCACCAUUCACAUAGGGAAAGUUCAUUGGCAUUUGAAAUCAUCAACAGCCAUUGGGGCAAGGAUGCAAGAGGGUUCAUUGUUUCCUUUUGCAAUAACGUGUGAGCAGAAGGGAAUCUUACCUGGUACCUCGUGGGAGAAUGCCCUGGAAUUAGCCAAUGGUCACGUACAUUAUGGUGGCUCAUCCAAGUAG